AUGCCUUAUCUAUCCUCGGGUGAUUCAACAUACGGAGGGGUUUCCGACGACCCUUCCACGGAAAUUGAACGGAAUAAUCGCGAGAGUAGGGACAACAAUCGCGAGACCGGCAUGGAUGUUGAUGAAAGUAGCGAUAACGAAGACGCGGACGAGGAACCCGAUUUGCAAACGGACGCAGAUGACUCCAAGGACGAUCGUCAGUCACUGAGGAGGGAGAGGCUGAGUGCGGAUAAUGAAAACCCCGAACGGCCUCCGCGUAAUAAUCGGGCGGCAACCACACCGCAUACACGCGAAAUCGCGCCUAAUGUCCGGGAGACUUGA